CAGCCCUCGCCGCCCCAGGCCGAGCCGAGGAGCCACCGCCGCCGAGCCGAGCCCCGCCGAGGAGCCGCCGCCGCGCAGGAUGGUCCGCACACUGUACGCCAUCGGCACCUUGUUUCUCCUGAUGGGAUUUCUGCUACCAGCGGCUGAAGGGAGAAAGAGGAAUCGUGGAUCUCAAGGUGCUAUCCCUCCUCCUGUCAAGGAUCAGCCCAAUGAUUCAGAGCAAACGCAGACACAGCAGCAGUCAGGCUCCAGGCAUCGAGAGCGAGGAAAAGGCACCUCGAUGCCUGCUGAAGAGGUGCUGGAGUCUAGUCAGGAGGCAUUGCACAUCACUGAGCGCAAGUACCUAAAGCGGGAUUGGUGUAAAACCCAACCCCUCAAACAAACUAUCCACGAAGAAGGCUGCAACAGUCGUACCAUUAUCAACAGGUUCUGCUAUGGCCAGUGCAAUUCCUUCUAUAUCCCCAGGCACGUCCGCAAAGAAGAAGGCUCCUUCCAGUCUUGUUCCUUCUGCAAGCCCAAGAAAUUCACCACCAUGACUGUUACACUCAAUUGCCCCGAGCUUCAGCCCCCAAGAAAGAAGAAAAGAAUCACCCGAGUUAAGGAGUGCCGAUGUAUAUCUAUUGAUUUGGACUAAACUGAGAAAACCUAGCAAUUGCACUCUUGAGUGUAUGCAAUCACUGCCAGUGUGAGAGUGAGUGGCAUGAACUAGCCUACCUUCAAGGCUGGGCAAAACUGAAAGGGACCUAGUGAAUUACCCUAAAA